AUGGCGAAGAUGGAGAUGGGCGAUGAGGUCUGUCCAUGGUUAGCUCAGUACCUGGAAAUCCCAGGUACCAUUCCUGAUUGGUUGAUAGUUGGGGUCAAAAUAUUGCGGAGGACCUUAAACUUUGAGGCGAUGGGUUGGGAGACCUUUGUUUGCAGCCGGUUGGGCCCGACCACUCAUGACCAGACCCUUCCUCUCCACCGGGCUGUUUUGGUUGCUUCUAUUAUGGCCGGCUUGAAGGGGAAUGACAACCCCAAGGACAAGAACUACAAAGCCCCUGCUUCUACCCCAACUGGCCAGUCUGAAAAGCCAGUUGUGGUAGAGGUCCCUGCUGAGCCUACCUCCAUUUCUGCUGACAUGCCUCCCGGACCUUCCACAUCUUCAUCCAUUCCUCCUACCCCUUCCACAUCAGCAGGCCCGGAGAUCCCAUCUACUCGGACUGCCUCAUCCAAGUUGUCCACAUUGACUACUACUGUAGAGGCUCAGCCGGUACCUCAGCCAUCUCAGGUGACACUGACCAAGGCAAUUGAUUCACACAGCAAAGCUCUCAAGGAGCUUGCUCGGGAGCACAAGAUGCUUAGAAAGACACGGGCCUCUAAGGAGUCCGUGAAGGAGCUGCGGGCAGAUAGGCCUCCAAAGAGGAGGAAGAUCCCUAGAGCAGAUGAUGCCAUCAUCCAGUUGGCGGACCCACCGGAGGCUUCCUCCAGUCAACCACAGGAUGUAUCAGUUCCACAUCCAGUCGAGGUCCAGGCCCAGGUCCCAGUAGAAGCAGAGCAGACCACCGGGAACCAGUCUAAGGUUCCCGAGCACAUAGUGGACCCAGGGACCACAAAUGAUCCUACGCAGACAGACACGGCUUAG